AUAAAAGUCAGUGCUGAGUCGAGGAGUAUUGCACUAUUAUUUCGUUCCAACCGUCGCAAACACGGUAGGCGGUGUUUGCCGUUUUCUACCGGGUUUGAAAGGAAGACGCAAAAAAUUGAAAUUGUACAACAACAGUACGGUGCCAAAUUGUGUAAAUAGUGCCGUAAACACAUAGAACUCGGUUUGCUUGGUGUGAAUCUUAAAUUAGUGAAGUGGAAUGAUUUAAUGGUGAAUUGAACGAAGGUCUAAAUGUAGAAGGUAAUAAAGCUCGCUUUUAGUAACAAAAGAUAAACGAAGUUCUCCAGCUAGAAAUGCAAUCAACGCUCAAUAUGCCCCAGGAUAGCAAAUCAAACGAUGACGAUAUAAGUGAAAGUUUUCCGCAUCUCGGCCAACUGCUGUCAACCUGUAGUCAUGGAUUUUUCACCCGUAAGCAAUUGUUCAAGCGGUUACCCGUACUCCAAUGGCUACCGGCGUACAAGUUGGAGUAUCUCGUGGAUGAUAUUGUGGCCGGACUUUCAGUCGCAUUGACGGUUAUACCUCAAGGUAUUGCUUAUGCCGCUAUUGCAAACCUAGAUCCCCAGUACGGGCUGUAUUCGUCGUUUAUGGGAUGCUUCGUGUACUUCAUUCUGGGCAGCUGUAAAGAUGUGACCAUUGGGCCAACGGCAAUAAUGGCUCUCAUGGUUCAAGCUCACGUAGGAAACACGGGAGUGGAGUUUGCCAUACUGUCCGCGUUCGUCACCGGCUGCAUGAUUCUUCUGCUCGGCGUACUUAACAUCGGAUUCCUCGUACAGUUCAUAUCGUUUCCAGUGACGGCUGGAUUCACGUCUGCCGCGGCAAUAACGAUCGCAAGCGGGCAGAUGAAAUCUCUGCUUGGCAUUCCGGGCCAAUCGAACGAAUUUUUAGACUCCUGGAUCAAUGUGUUCGAGCACUGGCGCGAUAUCCGACUGUGGGACUGUGUGCUGGGCGUGUCCACCAUCGUCGUUCUUCUAAUCCUGAUGCAAAUGAAGAACAUCAAAGGCAGCAACUGCUGGCGCAUCGUUGGGAGGUACAUCACCCUCUCCAGGAAUGCAAUAGCUGUGAUAAGUGGAUCGCUGUUGGCUUACGUUCUGAGCGAUGUAGGCAAUGUGCAACCGUUUCUACUCACUGGAAACGUGACUCCGGGAUUGCCACCCUUCCAACCACCACCGUUCACCACAACUCUGCACGGCCGAGCGUACAGUUUUUCGGAAAUGAUUGCUGAACUCGGCUCAUCCCUCAUAACGCUGCCACUAAUCGCCGUGCUGGAAUCGAUCGCUAUCGCGAAAGCGUUUUCGAAGGGCAAAGCUAUCGACGCAACGCAAGAAAUGAUUGCUCUCGGCAUCAGCAACAUUCUCGGUUCUUUUGUGUCGUCCAUGCCGGUAACAGGAUCGUUCACACGCUCGGCGGUGAACAAUAACAGUGGCGUUCGGACACAGCUCGGUGGCAUAACGACGGGUGUGGUAGUCCUGCUGGCCCUUGGAUUGCUCACCGAAUCGUUCUACUACAUCCCGAAAUCGACCCUAGCAGGAGUGAUCAUAGCGGCCAUGCUUUUCAUGGUGGAAUUUCAUGCCGCAGCCGAAAUUUGGCGCACGAAACGGGUGGACAUUAUUCCCAUGAUAAGUACGCUGAUCGCUUGCCUACUGCUCGGCCUGGAGUAUGGUAUGCUGGUCGGCAUUGGAAUUAACAUAUGUUUUGUGCUGUAUCAAAUAUCGCGCCCGAUUGUCAUUCCCCUUCAUUUGACAAUCGAAGGAAAGGACGUUCUAAUUCUUCAAGUCGACCAAGGUUUAGUGUAUUCGGCGGCCGAAUAUUUAAAACACUUCGUGCUCAAGCAAGCGACCAAACAGGCCGAUGCGAUUAUCGUUCUGGAUGGAUCGCACAUAAGUUCGGUUGAUACUACGGUAGCUAAGGUACUGGUCAAUAUGGUGCAGGAUAUGCGAGAUACUGACCGCAGGAUAGUGUUUUGGAAAUGGAACCGGUCAGCGCAAUGCACACUGCUCAGAAUGGAGAGAGAGUUGUUUCAGAACUUGUUUCGAAACGAAGAUAAACUAGAUGCAAUCAUCAAGGAAGGUUUUACACAUCAGCCAAUCACCGUUAAAGUUGAUGUGUAGGAAGAUCAAAGCUUACCGAAAGUGAUGAUAAUUUAGUUAACGAAAUUAUGGUAUUCAAAUUGUGACCUUCACAGCUCGUCAUUUUGAAGCCUGAAAUAAUCCAUAUUUAUUUUUUUUGUUGUUGUUCAAAAUUCAACUGGAUUAAUUUUGUCCAAGUUAAGCAAUAUAAAAACGUGAUUUUCUGGCCAUGUAAAGGCUCGCAUU